GUAUUUUGUUCUUCUAUUUCUAGUUCUAGACUGUGACUGGUAGAACCCACGACCGCGUGCAUUGCCUCCCACGUAUCAACAUGCGGUUUGGUGAUGGGAUUACUCUUUAUUGCAGGAGGCGUUAAAGCGUAGUCGUUCGUUGCAAUCUUGUAAAAGUAGUUGUUGCGCCAACGUCGUCAAUUUACCUCGGGGGCAACAACAAAUAUUCAUUUUUCUCCUGUUACAAUUCGAGGAAGCAGAGCCCGAAGACAGGAAGACCAAGAUGUUUCUGUUGCGUGGACCACCGCUUGCAGCACUACAUGCAAAGAAGAAGAACCACCACCGCCUUAGGCUGGUCGUCGUGAUGUCCUUGUUUUAUUUCUCUAUCGUUCACAAUUUUAUCGCAUUUUUUUCAAUUUUUCCUUCAAGAUGGCAGAAGUUCUUGUUGGUACAGCAGCACGACGAGGCACAACGAGACAACAACAGCACGACAAAAUUCUUAAGAGCUCACAUUGCUCUUCUCUCUGCUUCGCCUUAUUUCGUCCAAGCGACGCGGAUGCUUCCGGGUCGCGGCCGCAGAAUGCCUGGCGGCGCUUCCAGUCGCUACGCGGUCCUUAUCGAAGACGGGAAUAAACAUCGAGACACCAAACAAAAUACGGCCGAAAAUUUUUCGCCACACCACAAGGGAGCGGCAGGAGGUGUUGGCGCGGGGAGUUCUGUGAUUGCAAAGCAGCAAGACAAAACACUGAGCGGCGCGGCGUCCUCGUCGGUUCAACAUCAAGGGGGAAACAAGGAAGUGCAAGAUCUUGCUGCCCCCGCUACUUCUACAUCGGGAUCAUCGGCAGCUACAGACCAGCAUUCUGCUGAGCGUCGGUGGAGUAGUUCUGCGACAUCAACAUACAUACCCUCGGGCAUGGCGGUAAUGAGCCGCAACAGGCUCCGCCUGGAUCUCGCAAGCCUGCGGUCCUCUUCUUCAGACCCCGUGCAGCAGACCGCCCCGGGGAUGACUGCUAGAGCGGAUAGUAUUCAGCCGAGCGGGACAACAGGGACUUCAAGUAGCAGGUUGUUGUCAGCAGCACCUCCGAACAACGACAAAACGGCUAGAACGCACCUCCAGGAACCUCCCCCGGUUUCACCAGGCCGCUCUACUCGGUCUUUCACGACGGGUGGCAGCACGAGAACGCCGGGGGGAAGUUCAUUUGCUACUUCUUCAACCAGAGCAUCUUCCCCCGGCGGUUUAACUUGCGUCAUGUCGAGUCGAACACCACGGCAGGACCUUCGAACUCCGCUCUCAACUACCCGAAGCAAGAUGAGAUCAGAUCAUGUUCAGCAACUAGUAGAGCAGACCGCAAUUGUUAUCCCAUCUCCCCCGCCAGCGCCACGACCAUUACCGCUGACAGCAAGUCUCCGUCCCCCGGUCGGCACGCCUCCAGCGACUCAGGGGCUAGCGUCUUCGUUUCGCGGUACAACUACUGGGAAGAUCGUGAACAACGAUGAGAGCGAAAUCGCCUACAGCUGCAAAGCACGCGCUGAUGUUCCAGCACAACAAGGUCCACGGAGUGUACAACUACGUGACGUCGUUGGUGAAAGAACCAUUGCCAGUGUGGGAAAUAUGGGGGCAAGUUCAUCUUCUAGUACUAGCACUUCUGGUCCUGGCGCGUCAUCUAUGUCCGGAAUUACCCCUACAGCUGAAUGUGGACCACGAACUCUUGAACCUGGUCAACAACAGAACAACACGCACAUUAUUCCUGCUCCCCGCACCAGCUCUUUCAUGCCGACUUUCACACAACUCGACGACCUGCUCAACGAAAGAGCGCACAGUGCAGGUAGCUCAUCGUCCUCUGCGAGUGGGGGUAUUGGUUCAUCAUCUUGCGGCGCAACUACUCCCGGUCAGCUGCUGCACGACCCGGAGCUGCAGGACUACAACCAGCAGGUGGCUCCUGUGUACCGUACUGAGGGGAAGGACGAAUGGCCACGAGACGAUCUUCCGGUAGAAAAUCCUCCUGCUCGGGUAGUAAACAAGAACUCGACGCUUUUCGCCUCGCGGUUAAAGCCCUCGGACCGAAUUCAGCUGGAGCAAAGCGCGCUGGCGGAAUUAUCCAAUAGAUGGAAAAUCAGAAAAUUUGAAAUCUUGUUCACACCAUCAAAGUAGAACACCGACUGGCUCUAGUACUUUGACGCUCUAGUACUUUGACGCAGGUUGGGAUGAUAUUAAGAGGUUUGUCGUGGCAGGAGAUUGAAAAUAAAUUAAUCGCUAGUGGUGCAGGCUACUGGCUGGGAAGAUACGUGGUGCGAAUGAGAUGGGUAGUAUGUUGUUUUUCCUUUUCAUAAGCUCGACUGCGAUCGGAGUUUCUCACCCCUCGUGAACGAACUGAAUUGGAGGAAAAGACGGCUUAUCAAAUGCAAAAGUGUCUGGGUCUGGAAGAAUGCAACUUGUCAUGCUGUCUUUGGAUUCCAAAAAAAUCUGUAUUGCGUGACCAGCAACAUGAGUCCAGUGCGUGUUAUGCGGAGAGGGAAUUUCUCAUGCGGAAUAGGCACUAGGGAGCCCUCUAAAAAUCUGUGAUGCUAGGUCAUGCAUUACAUGCGUCAUGGAUCAUACAAAAUAUGCAUCACAAAUCCCGAAAUCUUCCCGACCCAGACAUUUUUGCAUUUGAUACGGCUGCGUUGCAUUUACAGUUCCUGGACAGCCUCGACGAUUUCAUUUCGUCACGGGACAAGCAAAAUGACCAUACAACCACUACUACUGCAACUUCUACCGGUACAAGUACGAGAGCGACCAAUGGCAGUAGUAAAGAUCAUGCAGAGCAGCAGGUGGAGAUGAAUGAAACCUCCGGUGGGCCGUCUGGGCGAACAAGCACAACAGGAGCAGCUGGAUCAUCGUCAACAUUUUUGUCCACGACUUACAGCAACAAUUUUUCGACGAUGAAACCCGAUGCGCGACCGUUUCCGACCGCGUACAGCCGCCUGUCGCACAUGAUGGAAGAUGUUUUGGCCAGUGACUCGCCCAGCCCGAUGAUGGGAAGUAUUACCGGGUUGUAUUAAUUGAAUGGAUAGAUUUGGUCGGGAGUUGUGCUCUUGCGAACGGGAAGGCUUUUUUUUGUCGGAAUCGGAGGUGGUGUUGCAGAGUCAGUACGUGUAAAUCGAGUAGUAACGGUGUGGAAGUGGAGGAAGAAGGGGUUUGUGUGUGUGUGUGUGUUUGUGUGUGGGAAUUUCGGCCCAACGAGUAUGAUCUUUCUGUACAGGGAGAUGAAAUUGUUCUACCACAGCAUCAAAUUCAAAUCUAUUUUUUUAUUUGCGUAUCUCUAGUACCCGUACCUGCUGCUGGUGUUGCUAGCUGUUAUUGGAGACAGAAGCCAAACUUUAUUCUGACUGCCAUUACAAUUUUGCAAUUCCAAUAUGCUUCCACUUGUAGUCUGCGAAACUCAACAACGACCAAAGUUUUAGGGAUUGUGGCCUUUCCGGACAAGUUGUUUGUCCCCCUCCCGUGCUGCGAGACUUAUUCGGUGUUAUAUAGAUCUGCGCAGUUGUGGGCGGCAUGUCGAGCAUUCCGAUUCCCUUUCGGGUUCGUGUAUGGCGAUGAACGUUGAAAAAGCAGCAGGCGAGCCCCCGACGGACGAC